AGCACAAGCUAUUCUAUCUCCAGCCCACAUGAAACCAUAGUCUUUUUGUCCAAACUAUCAUUAUAAUUUCUGCUUCCUUAACCCCAAAAUCCUCCACCAAUCCUCCCUCAAAUCCCAUGUCUAAUGACCAAAACAAGAUCAAUAAUUCCAAUCCAUUCUUUGAAUUCCACCAUGAUCAUCAUCAUCAUCACACCAUGUUAUCAGAAGGGUUUGCAUUUCCCAUAGUCACAGAUCACUACAACCCUUUUAUGUACAACCUCCCACAGCAGCAGCACCAAAACCCUACUGAAUUUCAUUUCCAAGGGUACAACACCCUUGAUGCACCACCAUCUCCUUGUAAUACCACUAGAUCAAAUGAUCUUGCUGCAGCUGGUGGUGGUGAUAGUUUUCGUUUGACGCCUAAUUCGUCGGCGUCGAUUUCUUCACAGGAGGCUGGAGUUGAGGAGGAUUCUUCCAAGAGUAAAAAGGAGGUUGAGACAAGAGCUUGUGAAGAAGGAGAUGCUAAAUCUAAGAAUAUUGUCAAGGCAAAAGAAAAGGAAGUAAAAAAGCAAAGACAAGCUCGAUUUGCCUUCAUGACUAAAAGUGAGGUAGAUAAUCUUGAAGAUGGAUAUAGAUGGAGAAAAUAUGGCCAGAAAGCAGUCAAAAAUAGCCCUUUCCCAAGGAGUUAUUACAGAUGCACUAGCCAGAAGUGCAUAGUGAAGAAGCGCAUAGAGAGAUCGUACCAAGACCCUUCCGUGGUGAUCACCACCUAUGAGGGCCAGCACAACCACCACAGCCCCGCCGUGGUACGGGGAAGCGCGGCCGCCGCCAUGUUGGCCCCGUCUUUAUUCUCGCCGCGGCCUACACCGGCAUUUCCCACAUUCCCUCAAGACAUGUUAUUCCCAUCAACUAAUGAGAGAGGCCAAACAAGUCCUGCCGCCUUCUACACACAACUGACUGAUUCCGGCCAUCACCAGCCGCCGCCGCCGCCUGAUAUUCCUGAUCAAUAUAGCUUCUUAAUGCCCGGCGCCGCCAUGACUUCUUCUUUCUUCCACAAACCGGAGCCAUGAGUAUUGGUGAGAGAGAGCUUCUUGAUUUUGAAGAUUAAUUGUAUCUAAUUAAUUAAUUAAGGGAUAAUUUCUUUUACUAGAUUCUUGAAUUAUUGGUGGAUUUGGUGAACGAUUAGGGUAAGUGAGGAUAUUUUAAUUAAUGCAAUUUAUUUUGACUUA